AUGGCGCUGGAGUUCGGCGCGGCGGAGGAGCCGGCUCUGGUUGGGGGUAGCUUCGGGGCCGCGGACUCGUUUCCCAAAGACUUCGGCUACGGGGAGGAGGAGGAGGCGGCGGAGCUGGAGGGGGAGACGGCGGAGCUGGAGCGGGAGGGGGAGGGGGAGGGGGAGGGGGAGGCGGCGGAGGCGGCGGAAGGGCCGGGGCCCGGCGGCGACGCGGGCGGCGCGGACUCCAAGCCCUGGAUCCUGCUCAUGGGGCUGCGGCGCAGCGGGAAGUCUUCCAUCCGGAAGGUGGUAUUCCACAAAAUGUCUCCCAAUGAGACUGAGUUCUUGGAAAGUACUGACAAGAUCUACAAAGAUGAUAUUUCCAACAGUUCAUUUGUGAAUUUCCAAAUAUGGGAUUUUCCUGGACAGGUGGACUUUUUUGAUCCAACAUUUGAUUAUGAGAUGAUCUUCAGAGGAACAGAUGCUCUAAUAUAUGUUAUCGAUGCCCAGGAUGACUACGUGGAAGCUUUAACAAAACUCCAUACCACAGUUUCUAAAGCCUACAAGGCCAAUCCAGAAAUGAACUUUGAAGUUUUUAUUCAUAAAGUUGAUGGUUUAUCAGAUAAGCAUAAAAUAGAAACUCAGAGCGAUAUUCAUCAGAGGGCCAAUGAUGACCUUACAGAUGCUGGGCUUGAAAAACUUCACCUUAGCUUUUAUUUGACCAGUAUCUAUGACCAUUCAAUAUUUGAAGCCUUCAGUAAAGUGGUACAGAAGCUAAUUCCACAACUGCCGACACUGGAAAGUCUACUAAAUAUCUUUGUAUCGAAUUCAGGCAUUGAAAAAGCUUUUCUCUUUGAUGUAGUCAGCAAAAUCUACAUCGCAACAGACAGUUCCCCUGUGGACAUGCAGUCAUAUAAGUUGUGCUGUGACAUGAUUGAUGUAGUGAUAGAUAUUUCCUGUAUAUAUGGGUUAAAGGAAGAUGGCACUGGAAGUGCUUAUGAUGAAGAGUCAAUGGCAAUUAUCAAGCUCAGCACAGCUGUCCUGUACUUAAAGGAGGUAACAAAGUUUCUGGCAUUAGUCUGCAUUCUUAGAGAAGAGAGUUUUGAGCGCAAAGGUCUGAUAGACUACAAUUUUCACUGCUUCCGCAAAGCUAUUCGUGAGGUCUUUGAAGUAGGUGUUGCCUCCCACAGAACCUGCGGCCAUCAAGCAAGCACCUCAAAGCAGUGACUCACAAUGGCACACCUAGGAAUGCAGUCUAGAGGAAAAUUAAAGACAUGUGACAGACUUUUGUCAGCUCUUCAAUCCAAAGUUAAGUUUUUGUGGAACAGGAGAAGACUGGUCUGAAAGCCUGGAGUAUGUUUCACAGGAGAAGAGUGACGCUAACUGUGGAACGGCAGCUUGUAACUUGUGUUGGACAUCUGAAACUACUGUAAAAAUGCUUUGAGGCCAGUGGAGUUAGAAAUGUUAAUUUGAAAUGGGCUUUAUUCCAAGUAUGGUGUUUUUGCAGUUUGCAGUCCGAUUUUAACAGUCUGGCUGUGACUGAAGGAAAGACUGCCCGGUCAGAGAUUACAAAUGAUUGAGUUGAGUUUAAUGUGAAACACUGAAUAGUCAGUUGCUCAACUCUUUUUUGUUAAUUAUUCUGUAGAAUAUCUUUUUGUUUUUCCUUGAGUUUAAUAUUUUGUCAUGUAAGAAAAUUGGUGAUGUUAAUACUUAGGCUUGUGUUGUUGUUACUUAGGCUUGU